UAAAAGAAAACAAAAAAAGAUAUAGUAUAAACAUUUCAUUAAACACUUCACAUCGUUUUUAUUCGCUCAAUCUAUCUAAAUCAAUAUAUAAAAGAAAUUAUCGUCUUUAUACGAAAAACAGUUUUAAUUUGUUUUAAUUCCUUAAAAAUGGAUAUUGAUAAUAAUACAGAAACAAUAGAGGAAAUAUUAAUAGAGCAAAAAAUAGCAGAACGAAUUUUAGAACUUUUACAUGGUGUUGAAACGCCAGAGGACAAAUUACGUUUAUUGCUGGGUAAAUGUGUUGAAGCUGAACGUAAGAAUCAAUUUCUGGAACGCACAUUGAAAGCACAGGCGAACAAUUGCGAAGCGAUAAUGAGAGAACAUAAUAAAAUUUUGGAAAUAAAGGAUAAAGUGAUGAAAAUGUGCCGGGAUCAACAGAUAUUAGUAACAUCAAUUAAAAGUGAAUGCAUGCGCAAACUCGAAGAAGCCGACGAUAAGCGAUGGGAAAGUCAAUUGAGAUUUGAAAGAUCCUUGAAGUCCUUGAAGGAAAUUACAGAAGCCUUAAACAAAAAUAAUGAAGAGAACCAAACACUACGCAGUCAUAAUAUUGAAAUGAUUAGAACAAUAAAAGUUUUGGCGGAACAAUAUCAUGCUAGUCAGCAGGAAUUGCAAGAUCUUAACGAUGAAAUACAAUUUAUUUCUCAAUCGGAUCAAAUUGGGCUAAAUGCAAAUCGGACAGAUGGAGACUUUAGCAAUAUUACGGAAAUUGGCAAUCAGAAAUCCGUAAAAGACGAAUUCGUAAUUAAUAACCUUGGAGUCAUUGAAGAAUCUUGUGCUAGCAAUGAACUAUUAAUGAAUAAUUACCCUAGCAUUGAAGCCGCUGAUGUCGUUAAUACAGAAACCGAAUUCUUUAUGGGUAGUAGGUGCUAUAACGGUGCAACCGCUGAGGAAACUUGCACGGAGGCUGACUUAUUAAACAAUUUUACCGAAACCAUUGUAAAGGAAGAACCGAAAAUAAAAGGCGUUUCAAUAAGUGCACGGAAACGUAAAAGAGAUGAGCAUAGCAAAGUUUCCAGUUCAAAAAUUAAAGCCAGAAAUGUUGAACUACCUGAUGGUCGCUUUAAGUGUCUGCCGUGCGAUAAAAUAUUCUCGAGUCAUUGCUAUUUGAAGCAACACAAUAAAAUUUAUCACUUCGGUGCUUUGCCGUAUCGAUGUGAAGAAUGCGGCAAACGUUUUCCAACGGAAGCAAUUUUAAAUGCGCAUUUAACCCGUCACGGUUCUGACGCUAAACCACACAAGUGCACAUUAUGCCCGAAAAAAUUUUGUUAUAAGCACGAUUUAAAACGACAUAUGAAGUGUCAUAAAAAUGAGAAAGACCAUGCGUGUACCCAGUGCCCGAAGCGAUUUUGCCGUUUAGAUCAUUUAAGAAUGCACAUUGAAACUCAUAACAAAGCCCUUAGACGCAAAAGGGGACGUCGGCCAACACUUAAAGGACGUCAGGAAUAGCCGUAUAUAUAGAUAAAUUCCGCGUAACGGACAAAAAGAGAGAUGAAAAAUUUUAUUAUUAUGUAAUUGUGACGAACCUGGGUAUUUAAUUUGUAAUUUUUAAUCUGAAUUAGUUUGUAAAUUCCUUCGACCGAUCUCUAAUUAAAUAGUGUUUUUGUACUAACUUUUUCCUCUUUUAAAAUUUGACGUAGGUUAUGCCAUUAACAUAGUUGUAAAAUUUUUACUUUCAAGUUGCCUGAAGCUUCAUUGCACACUCAUUCCUUAGAAACGGCUAAAACGGUUCUAAUUGUCCAAAGAAAAAGGAUAUAGUCGAUUAAUGCUGCUAUCAAAUAAUUGUUGUUGUUACUUUUCAAGAUCGUUUUAAAACGUAUUUUAUAAGCAAUCUGCCUCUGCUGGAAUUGAUAUUUAAUUUUGCAACAUUUUCUUUUUUUUCAUAUCUUUGUCAAAAUUUUCAACAAUCGAACGGCAAAAAAAAGGGGGCAAGUCAGAUUAGAUUGCUACGAGUAAGUGCAUCGCAGAGAUCACUUAUUAUUAGACGUUCAUUUUUCAAUGUUAGAUCAAAUUUCCCUGUAAAGUGUUUUCCCUACUAGCAGGUGUAUUUAAAGUCGCUUCGUUUUUUCAAUUAGAUUAGAUUUUUGGAUUAUCUUAUAAAAUUUCAUCUAACAUUCUUCAUUCUAAUGGCAGUAAAUUAAAGAUAAUUCCAUGCACUUUUUUUGAGGUAUUUAAUUUUCUCUUUUAUAGUUCUUCGACAUAAAUCACCAAAAUUCUUAUUUUGCAAAUCUCCAGUUGACACACCAAAAAAAGUAAUCUGGCAAUACUAUUUAAGUUCAUUUAAUCGAUUUUAAUUUUUCUGUCUAUGUCAUAUGACAUUUACAAUCCACAGCCUAAAAGUUGCAUAAAAAGUAUAUCUUUCGUCAUUCGUUCUGUUCGUUUUUACGAAAAAUUUAAGUGUAAAAUUUCUUUCCCGCAAAGUAAAAUUCUUGCAAUA